AUGACCAGUCUGAAGCGGUCUCAGACGGAGCGUUCGGUGGGCGGCUCGGUACCUGCCUCUGAUGAAUUCUACACUCGCCGUCUGCGUCUCCCCAACGGUGGCGCCCCACCACCCCGCUCCGAAAGCGCCCACCUCACCUCCUCUUCCUCGUCCGGCUCCUCUUCAUCCUCCACCCCGGGGGUUCCCAAGAUGGGGGUCAGGGCCCGCGUGGCAGACUGGCCCCCCAAAAGGGACGGAACGGGUGGAGUGUGGCACAUCACCGUAGAUACGGACUCUCCAAGUUCUACCAUGUCAUCUUCAGGUGGCGGAGAACGCGGGUCGGGCGGAGAACGCGGGUCGGGCGGAGAAAGAGAACGAGAGCGGAGCUCCGGGUCGGGUUCAGGCUCGGCGCCCACGGCCCAUAGCAGCAUGUCAGCUAAACUGGGGCACCUGAUCAGCCCUCAGGACUCGUCGAUGCUCCGGAACAUCCACAACACCCUGAAGAGCAAGAUGCACCACGGCAGACAUCACAGCAAAGACAACCGCUACCUGUCGCCAGACGGCUACCAGGGCUCGCCGCGUAAAGGCAUGAGGCGUAUCCGCCAGCGAUCCAACAGUGACAUCACUAUCUCUGAGUUAGAGGGUGACGGGGGCGAGGGCUGGUCCUUCUCUGGCUGGACGCCCAUGCACCGAGAGUACGGCAGCACGUCCUCCAUAGACAAACAUACAGGCUCAGAGGAGAGCUUCUUCGAUAUGCUCAAGGGUUAUACAUCCCAGGAUGCACCAGACCAGCGCAGCCCGGCACCGGACAGACUCGGGGAGCUGCUGACGGUCGCCCCGCACAAACAGGCAGCCUUAGAUCUGCCUGAUGGACCCCUGGGUACUGCCAGAGGUAGCCCCGCCAGUCGCCUGAAGGAAAGGGAGAAACAACUCAAAAGGAGAUCCAAGUCGGAGACGGGCGGGGAGUCCAUCUUCCGGAAGCUUCGUAGCGUCAAGGCCGAGGGCGACUCGUCCCGUGCCGGAUCAGACAUAGAAGACGGGGGGCGGGAGGACGGUAACAGCCCCAAACCCUGGAUCUGUCAGAAGGGCUUCGCCCACUUUGACGUGCAGAGUAUCCUCUUCGACCUCAACGAGGCCAUCCAGGGACGACAGUCCGGCGGGAAACGCAAGAACACCACCACAGGAGCUUCGGCUGCCGCCGCCGCCUCGGCCUCUGCCACUUCCUCCCUCUCGUCCAAUCAGAGCGGAGUAUACGCUGGGGGCGGGUCUCCGUGCGGGUCGCAGGAGGAGCUAAGUGGGAAGGAGGGGUGUCCAGGUACAGGAGGGGGACAUGGCACUAACCCUGCCCUGGAUCCUGGGGAUGACCAGAGCAAUGAAUUGGUGCUGAACUGUCCCUGUUUCAGGAAGGAACUGGGAGGAGAGGGAGAAAGGAACAUCCGCCCUUCUAAACAGGGGAGUAUAGGCAGUGGAGGGAGCUCUGGGGGGGGUGGCUCAGAGGAGGGGCCCCUGGAGACCACUCUCCCCCACUUCACCAAUGCCGGGGUGGCCGUGCUGGAGGCCCCUAAAGAUGGACAGGGACAACACGCCGACAGGGCCAAACGAUCUGUAGAACACUGUGACCUGGGGGCUUACUACUACAGGAAGUACUUCUAUCUGAGAGAGCAUUGGAACUACCUGGGUGUGGAUGAGACUCUGGGUCCAGUAGCAGUGAGUCUGAGGAGAGAGAAGCUGGAGGAACACAAGGAGCAUGGACAGCAGUACACCUACAGAGUCAUCUUCAGAACCAGCGAGCUCACCACCCUGCGUGGAUCCAUUCUGGAAGAUGCUGUGCCCUCCACCUCGAAGCACGGCCUGGCUCGGGGUCUACCCCUCAAAGAGGUGCUAGAUUACCUGGUUCCAGAGCUGACCGCCCACUGUCUCAGACUGGCACUUAACACACCUAAAGUCACAGAGCAGCUGAUGAAGCUGGACGAACAGGGGUUGAGUUUCCAGUUGAAGGUGGGGGUGAUGUACUGUGCGGCGGGACAGAGCAGUGAAGAGGAUAUGUAUAAUAAUGAUUCAGCGGGUCCUGCUCUGGAGGAGUUCCUACAGCUGCUGGGGGAGAGGGUCCGACUGAAGGGAUUCACCAAGUACCGAGCCCAGCUGGACACUAAGACUGACUCCACAGGAACCCACUCCCUGUACACCACCUAUAAGGACUACGAGGUGAUGUUCCAUGUCUCCACCAUGCUGCCCUACACACCCAACAACAAACAACAGCUCCUGAGGAAGCGUCACAUAGGAAAUGACAUAGUGACCAUCGUAUUCCAGGAGCCGGGGGCUCAGCCCUUCACCCCCAAGAACAUACGCUCUCACUUCCAACACGUGUUCGUAGUGGUGAGAGCACAUCAACCCUGCUCUGACAACACCAGCUACAGUGUGGCGGUCACUCGUUCUCGUGACGUCCCGUCCUUCGGCCCUCCCAUCCCAGAGGGCGUGUCCUUCCCCAAGUCCUCCGCGUUCCGGGACUUCCUUUUGGCCAAGGUCAUCAACGCAGAGAAUGCCGCCCACAAAUCUCACAAGUUCCGCGCCAUGGCGACGCGGACACGUCAGGAGUACCUCAGAGAACUGGCGGAGCGCAACACCACGUCGACCCCCAUCGACCCGUCCGGGAAAUUCCCCUUCAUCUCAUUGGCUCACAAGAAGAAGGAGAAGAGUCGUCCGUACGCGGGGGCGGAGCUUCGGAGCCUCGGCGCUGUCACGUGGGCGGUCCACGCCGAGGAUCAUGGAGCGGGAGGAGAGCUCGAAGCGCUAUUGGCUAUCUCCAACGACUUCCUCAUCCUAUUGGAUCAGGAGGCCAAGGCCGUGGUGUUUAACUGUGCUACUAAGGACGUGAUUGGCUGGACGCUGGGGAGUCCCGCCUCCAUGAGGAUCUUCUAUGAGAGAGGGGAGAGUGUGUCGCUGAGGUCUGUUAGUAACAACACAGAGGACUUCAGAGAGGUGGUGAAACGACUGGAGACCCUCUCUGUCUACCUCAAGACCAUCUCUGUCUACCUCAAGACCAGUCCCCGUCUACCUCAAGACCAGUCCCCGUCUACCUCAAGACCAGUCCCCGUCUACCUCAAGACCAGUCCCCGUCUACCUCAAGACCAGUCCCCGUCUACCUCGGACCAGUCCCCGUCUACCUCGGACCAGUCCCCGUCUACCUCGGACCAGUCCCCGUCUACCUCGGACCAGUCCCCGUCUACCUCGGACCAGUCCCCGUCUACCUCGGACCAGUCCCCGUCUACCUCGGACCAGUCCCCGUCUACCUCGGACCAGUCCCCGUCUACCUCGGACCAGUCCCCGUCUACCUCGGACCAGUCCCCGUCUACAGAGAAGCAGGUCAAGGAGGUGAAUGAGCCUGAGAUAGAGUGGGAACUGUAUACCGAUGUGUCCCGUAAGGGGACUGUUACAGGGGCCUACUGGGCUUACCUAUUAAAACACCAGGGGAAAACUGACGCAAAGGAGAGGUACCACCGUUGGCUCAACCCAAACAGGCGAGAGGUAGGAGCAAUACUGGAGGCUGAAAAGCGGAUAGAUGAAGCUUGA